AUGGAUCACGACCACGAUUACUACGACAGGCUGCAUGCCGACCGCGUCAAGCAAUCCUUGGAGGAACUUCAGUAUGUGGUCAAAGAGCAUGACGCAGCACUGGCAAAGUUGCGUGCUUCAUCGGCCAACAGCCAGCCAAGCUUCACGCCCGGGCCAGAGACAUCUUUGGGCAUGAUGAAAGUAGCUUAUGAUGAGCUCGCAACGAAGCCACCAUUCCUGGCUUUCCCGGAGUCUGUCUUGCCCGCCAUGAUCGCGCUCCGCAAGACUAGCCAGACCGUCGAUGAUACCAAGGCAUUCCUCUCCUCGCAUGACGAGUCCAUGAGCAAGGCCAAGCGGCGGCUUGAAAUUGAACAAUCCAAUCUGAAAGACCAGCAAGGGCUCUCUCAGAGUCUCCAAAAUCGAAUUCAAACUCUGCGCGAAGGGCUGGACAAUCGAAUGGAAAUGGGCCCUGAAGAUAUCGCCAGAGAGCGGAUCAACGUUUUGAAACAGACUAAAAAAAAGUACGACAAGGAGACAGCAAGGUUGCUCAAGGCGCUGAGGAACUUUAUUGACGACUCCCUCGCCUCGAUGCUCGCGGCCGAAGAGCUUGGCGGUCCCGUGGUUGGUGAUAUGAUGGACAUUGAUGGCGAAAACCUGGCAGCCGGAUUCAGUGGCCAAGGGCGUCCUAAGAAGGUUAAGGAAACCCAGGAUCAAGAUAAGCGUCAGCGGCGCAUUGAUGAGAUAUGGGGUCACAGAGAGCCUCAACAACGAGACCAGGACAGGGACAACCGGGACGAAUCCACGGCAGCAGGAGCAGAGAUGCGGGAGCUGACAGAAGAGCUACUCAAUGGCCUCAUGGAAUCGGAUGGGGAUAACUCAGCUGCCUAUGUCCAACUGUCCAGGGAGUCGGCGGCAGCCAGAUUUCUGAUUAGAUCUAAGGUGGCACAAUUUCACCCCAAAGACUCGACGAAGCUGCGACUGGUAGACUUUGGCAGAGAGUUGGACAGUUGA